AUGGAGGAAGCUGAAGAAGGAAACAGACUUGUGAAAAGGGCACAUGUUUCCACCGGUUCAACGCCGUCGAAGGAAAAGAAAAGAGCGAAGAGGUCACAUUCGACGGCAAUCAGAAAAACACUGUUUCAAAGAAGUGAAUCAUCGAAUGGGCCAAGUCCAAACAGGAAGGUUAGUACAUACUCCUGAUACUAGCCCUUUUCCAGCCAGUUGCAAUUUUGAAUUCCACCUCACUACUAGAUUUAUAAGACCUCUAUUUUUUGUUAGUGACAUUCUUUCUCCUUCAUCUUGAAUAUUCUACAUUGGUUAUUUAAUAGGACGGAUAGAAAAGAUCAGAAUUUUUUUUUUGAAAUCUAGGUAUCCAAUCAGAUCUCAAAGCCAAAACGUCAUGUAGUCAGUCCUUUGCGAAAGUCACCUGUGAAAAAACACAAGUGGACUUUUCAAGAGGAGAGAGCACUAGUUGAGUUUGUUGGUCUGUCAAGAAUGGACCCCAACUACAGUGACACAUCAACAGAGUGGCCAGGUUUUAGAGAAAGCCAUUCCUUUUGGGGUGAAGCAGCAAGACACAUCCAGGAAAGCACCUCCGCCAACUUUCUUCUCUCAAGUAUGUUUGAAAUUGUCCUAUCUACCACAACUAUUAUUAUUAUUGUUUGCAAUUAUUUAUUAUUAUUGUUAGUCAAUGAGUAACUUAAGCAAAGAGUGGUUGCAUGGAUCAAGUACAUGUACAUUUAAGAAUGUGCGGGGUUGUUUGUAAAGGGAUGCACUACCCCAGAUCAACAACUCACAGCCAUUGUAUUUUACCUUUAUUGUGAUUACUGUGUAACUGAAUCUUCACCGAUAUUGAACAAGCAAGAAAAAAUAAGUGUGAAGAAAAUUCCCAGACAGUUUCAUUUUUUUGUAAUUGAAAUUAUGCACAUUUUUAGCUGUAGUGUGGUACAUAUGCUUAGGUAGUGUAUUUUUGAAUGUUUACUUUUCACAGACAACAGAGUUAGAGGACGAGUGUGUACGUAUCUCAAAGGGAGGUUUAGAUCUUUAGAGGCAGCUGAGGAAACAUAUAACUUAACACUCAGUGAUGCCCUAGCUGAGUUAACAGUGGGUCAUCCUAAACAAAGAAUGCAGAAUGCAAAGAAUGCAGUGCAAUUGCAACAGCAGUCAGCGACAAACCCACAGCAGAAUCCACCAGCCGUUGCCUGCCAGUGCUCCUUGCUGUCUAUCAAAUUGUCCGAAAUUUUGCAAGACCUUCCCUCCUUAGAUGCCGUAAAACUGGAGAAAAUUGCAGAUGCCUCUUUCCUUGAGCUUGCAUUGAGAGCUGGUAUAGACACAAACCCAGGAAACUUUGCUUCAUUAUCAGUAAAAGCAAUGAAGUUACUGCAGUCUCAAGGAAAGACUAAUCUUGUGUACAGAUUUCCUUAUGUAAUUGCCACAGCACAUCCUGAAUCUGACGAGUCUUUAUUGCCUCUGAACCGAAUGCCCUUUGGUUUGAUUGAAUAUCAAAUUGACUUCUUCUCGUCCACAAAUAUCAGUCAGGUUAGUUUCACAACGCCAGUUGUGUUAAUCUGCAUUACUGUAAUCUUAUGUAUCUGAAAAAAAUAUAUUGAUUAACGAGAUGAAAUUCUCUUUGUGCAGGUUGGAAGCUUCUUUACAGCUUUAUUUGUGAUGACUUCAGUGGGGCUGUAAACUUGAAUCUGUGUUUUUGGGAUAAACAAAAUGAGCAUUAUAUAGCCCUUCCUAUCAUGAUUUAGCAUGUCAAUUUUAAUAUCAUCACAGGAAAAAAAUAACGUCUCAGAAUUUAAUUGGGUUUGUAUAGGUUUGCGAAUUAUUUUCUCUUUCACUGUCACAUAAUUUUUUUAUUGUUUGUUUGUAUUUUAGGUAAAGGUGCCCAACGAUUUUGCCAUGUGGCAUGAGACUAUGUGCUCAGAGUUUCCAUCACGAUUCAAUCGUCUUUUCCGGGGUCCCAUGUGGAGUGGCUUGCCAAAGCAGCAACAUGGCUUUCCAUUAACAGUUAGUAUUACCACAGCUACCUUAAGACUAACCUCUGCUUUUUAAUAGUUUGUUAUGUUCUCAUACCAUUUGAACAUUGCUCCAUACAUCUCCUGCUCCGCGUUUUUGGGUGCAUUAAAAAACUUUUGCUUAAGAUGAAAAAGAAAAUGAAGUUUACUAUUUAUGGACUGUUUUUGAAACCUAACAUCCUGACUAAAAACUCUUGGUAAAACUCUUCUUCUUGUUUGUGGCUCAUUUUGCCCUCUUGUGAUAAAAUUGGAUUGACUUUUGUUUGUGUAAUUUACAGGCCAGACCCAAUGUGGCAGCUCCAAGUACAAGAACUCUUCAAAAGCAUACAGCUUCUUCAUGUGACUUCACCGACAAACCAGAGCUUCAGGUACAGUUUUUGGCCCAAUGAUGUCAUUGUAGGUACUCAUAAUGCCUCUUUUUUAUAGAUUGUUUUAAUGAUUUUGGUUCUUAUUCAAGGUUGCAAGUAAAGGUACCUUAAUUUGAGGAAACACUAUUCAAAUAAUGGGACAACACAUGGAAUUCUCAUGGUUACUUACGUUAGGACAGUUGAAUGUAAAUGUCUGCUUUAUUUAUGUUUCCACCCAAUAUUGAGUAUUCUUAUUUAACCCUAUGAAUCUCCCUAAUUAUGAAUAAACACGAAAUUUUUUUCAAAGUAGAGAAAAAAGGGUAACUUUCACGCUGACAUUAUUGUAUUAAUGAUAGAUACAUGUACUUUUUCUACCUUAGCUUGAGGCAUUGAAGCAAUUGAAGGAAUCUAAUCCGACAGGCCGAUUCUGGAUCAAAGCUGAUGCAUUUGAUCUAAAACCUGCUCUUCAGGAGUCUGUCAAGGGUGUAUGGAAUGGUGACGUGGACAUGCUUGAUGGAAAGCUGAUGAAAUUACGUGAGGAAUAUGACAGGCGACGUAUUCUGUGUAAAGCAGAAAACCUCAGGAAAGAGAGAGUUUUCCUGGAGACAAGGCUGAGAGCACUGGUCACAGCAGUGGAGUCAGAUAUUACGUUUCUUACCCAUGGACUUACUGCAGCUGAACAGGAAUAUGAAAAGAAGUUCAAUGCUCCUAAUACCUCUGAAAAGCUGCUGAAGACGUUGUGCUGGGAACGUGUUGAAUUCAAUACAUUGUUACGACAAGCUCAGAGUUUUAUCGGAAGGUGUGCAGAAUGUUUUGAUCACUAACUACAUGUAAUGAGCUUCAAUAAUUUAUUUGUUACUUAUAGUAGUAUGUCCUAUUGUUGUAGGUAUGAGACAAUGAUCUCUUGUCUCGACCCCCAUGCUCCACGAGUGGAAGAUGUUCAGACAGCCCUGUGUAACAUAGAAAAGGAUUCCCUCACCUAUCUAAGAAAUCUGUUUGUAAAGAAACGCCAGCCGGGUGCUACUCAUGUGUUGUUGUUUUUACUGAGUGAUGAGAGAAGAAACAGGAAGCCCUAUACCAUGCCCAUCCAGUAUGUGCCAUAUAAAAGUAUCAGGGAUCAAUUUGCGAGAGAUCUGACAGUUAACAUCAAGACAGAGAUGAUGCGGCUUGGUUUAAAGCCUGUUGGUAGGUAUUUUUACGGAAAUACUUCCUCUUCACAAGACUUGUAUAACUCUAUUUUUUUAAAAUUAACCAUUAAAAAAGGUGCACAUUUCAUGAUAUUUUGUUCUCACAAAUGGCCAUUUUCCUUUUCAUUAUGUAAUCAAAGACAUCUUUCUUUACUUAAUCUAGGGGAAUAAUAAUUGUAAAUCAAACAGAUGAUGCCAAAAAAAUGGAGCAUUAUGUCUUUGCAUCCAGAUUAUUUACCAGUAUUUAUUUUUAUUUUGUAUAGGUACAGUAACAGAUGGUGAGUUCAACAGUUUGAGGACUCAAGGAUCUACAAGACCUCUUCAUUUGUGGCAGCUCAUACAUGAUGCCAAAGAGAGUGUCAGCCAUCAGAGAGAGCAAGUCUUGAAGGCCAUGCUGGUAAAAAUUGGAGGUUGGUUAACAGACUGAAUGCCACUACUGCCAUCUAAUCAUCAAUAGAAAGCCACUUAUUACGAGUGGGGUCAAGGAUGAUUAGAGUAAUCCUGUGGGAAGCUCUCUUUGUAGCGAGCAAGUGCUGAUUUCUUUUCUUCCCAAAAUUUCAUUUUCCUCAUUGAAUUAUUUAAUUACUGGUAUCAAACAAGCUACAUAUGUCAUCAAACGAGAACUUCUCAAGGUACAAAAAAAUGUUUGUGGGUACUUUUAAGAUGUCACAUAGUUUCUAGAGAUUCAAAGCUGACAGUUUCAAGCUUUUUAACAGGUUUUAGUGUGAAACUCCCAAAACCGUGAACAUCAGAAAUAUUUAUGGAAUUUUUUCGUGUUACGAGGAGAAAGCCAUCUUAAUCUGAUUGUGAUUGGUCACUACACAACAUUUCUGAAGUUUUUCAAGUGUUCACAGUUUUCUGACUCUGACAGUAAACCUUGUUCUUCAUUCCAGAACUACCAAAUGGGACUCCUGUUGUAGAAAAAAAAGACCAAGCCAUCCCUGGUGAAGUUAUCCAGGAACUUCAUCUUCUGCAGGCAAGAGAUGGACUGAGCUUUGAAGAUGCCAUCAGUACAGUAAGAAGAAAUUUAGUACCACCAGGACAUGAGCCCUUCCCUUUCAGAACAAAAGUAAGAACAGAAAGUCUCCUGGAUAAGUUGAGAACUAUAGUAGCCACAUUUCGUUACCGCAACAGAAUUGCAGAGCUGAAGAAGGAGGGUGCAGAUUUUAGUAUGCAUGUGUAUGUCCCUGAGGUGGAUCCGAUUACAGGUGACUUCUACCACGAACGUGAAGAUCAUGUACUAAAACGUAUUUGGAAGCACACAAGAGAAAAAGGUCCAGAGGGCUUUAAUCUGGAGGGAUUUGACAAAGCUGUGCUUGACCCCACAACUGGACUGACUCUUGCCGCACUGCGAGGUGAAAGGAAACAAUCAGUACCGGAUGCGGAACGCAUGCUUUCAUUUCUGGUGGCCAAAUUUCUGCAUGAAAAUGGUUAUGAAAGAGAAGGAAAGUAUGUGGAGAUAGUUGCAGGCUGGCAUGAGGCAGCAGAUGGUCGAGGUCUGACACAGUUGGAACGUUGCAAGAGAAACUAUGCAAUGCUGAACAUGAUCCUAGACGAGUGGAUGCCCUGGCAUGUAGAAAUUUAUGACUUCUCCACAAUAGACAUCAACAGGUAUUCAAUUAAAGUCAGGGAUUAAAAUGGGGAGGCCAAAAAUUAAGCGUGAUAGUAGGAAAAGGCUGACUACAUUUCCCUAGGGCUUGGGUUCAAAGAGACCUUUGCGUCAUACUUCCUGUAUUUCGGAUUAGGUCAAGUCUAAGGCCUCACUUUCCUUCUCACAUUUUUUCCUGGAUCUGCUACUCAAGGUACAUAAUUUGUAACUUAUUGUAUUUAGAAAAGCCUUUAACUUUUGGCUUUGUCUGUUGUUUAUUUUUAUAGGCCCGUCAAGGAGCUCUGCGGUUUCUCACGUGAGACAGUUAUCGCAGUGACCUCCAAUAUUGAAAGCAUGGAGUUUAGGAGAUGCCAAAAUGGUGAAGUUGGUUAUGCAGAACACCCCAGGGCUGGUACAACUGAUGAUGUGGAGGCUAUUAUUGCCUUUUUUCAUAGGAUUACUGGAAUCGUUUUCACUUUGAAACAGUUCAAAGCUACCUGGAGACAAGUCGUCAGGUUGGUUGUGUUAGCUUUAUCUGCUAAUUAUUAAUUAUGAUUAAUUUUAAUUCACUAAUAAUAUUGAAUUAUGUUAUUUUCCUCUACUUUAAAUACGCAGAAUUACAUCAUGAGGCCGUAGGGAAUACAUGAUUGUACUAAAAGUGAUUGCAGUGGGAUUGACUUCUGUGCAGUUCUGAUAAAUUGAUUUGUGGUCAUGUACUUAUUAAUUGGUUGUUUUCCGGUGUUUAUAUUUUCUUAGAGAAUUCAGCAAGCGUAUGACACCUGACCUGCCUUUCUACUACUGGACUGUGAAUGAGAGAUAA